AAGUGGAGGACAGUCCAGUCCGGGACAGAGCACGGGCGUGCUGGCCACGGCUUCCUGCAGAGCGGACGGCAGGGCGAUGCGGGCCCACUGCUCCCGCGCCCCUCCCCGUGCCCGCUAACACGUCGAGGCCGCCCGCAGUCUCCUCUCCCCUCUCUGGGGCGAGAGCGACAGCCCGAGAUGUGCCCCAGGGCGCUGUGGGCGGCUCUGCCCGUGCUGUCCCUGCUGGCCUGCUGCCUGCAGGGGAAGCCGCUGCAGAACUGGGGGCAGGCGUCUGCCGGGGGGAAAGGCCACAGCCUGCUGGGGGGGCCCGGAGGGAAGCCGCCCGAGCACACCUUCGACCUGAAGAUGUUCCUGGAGAACAUGAAGGUGGACUUCCUGCGCAGCCUCAACCUGAGCGGGGUCCCCUCCCAGGACAAAACCAGAGUGGAGCCGCCGCAGUACAUGAUCGACCUGUACAACAGGUACACCACCGACAAGUCGACCACCCCAGCGUCCAACGUCGUGCGGAGCUUCAGCGUGGAAGAUGCCAUCUCCAUAGCCACCACGGGAGACUUCCCCUUCCAGAGGCACAUCCUGCUUUUCAACAUCUCCGUUCCCAGACACGAGCAAAUCACCAGGGCCGAGCUCCGACUCUACGUCUCCUGUCAAAAUCACGUGGACUCCUCCCAUGCGCUGAAAGGAAACAUGGUCAUUUACGACGUUCUGGAUGGAGCAGAUGCCCGGGACAGUGCUGCGGGGACCAAGACCCUGCUGGUGUCCCAGGAUAUCCGGGACCAGGGCUGGGAGACCUUGGAAGUGUCCAGCGCUGUGAAGCGAUGGGUCCGGGCUGACUCCAGCAAGAGCAAAAACAAGCUGGAGGUGACAGUGGAGAGCCACCGGAAGGGCUGCGACAAGCUGGACAUCAGCGUCCCCCCAGGGUCCAAAAACCUGCCCUUCUUCGUCGUCUUCUCCAAUGACCGCAGCAACGGGACCAAGGAGACCAGGCUGGAGCUCAGGGAGAUGAUCGGCCACGAGCAGGAGAGCGUGCUCAAGAAGCUGUCCAGGGAUGGCCCCGCGGAGGCAGCGGAGAGCAGGGAGGACGUGGAGGGCCACACGGCCGCGGGGUCGUCUUUAGCCCGACGGAAGAGGAGCACCGGCGCCGGCAGCCACUGUCAGAAGACCUCCCUGCGAGUGAACUUCGAGGACAUUGGCUGGGACAGCUGGAUCAUCGCGCCCAAGGAGUACGACGCCUAUGAGUGUAAAGGUGGCUGCUUCUUCCCUCUGGCUGACGACGUGACGCCAACGAAACAUGCCAUCGUGCAGACCCUGGUGCAUCUCAAGUUCCCCACAAAGGUGGGCAAGGCCUGCUGCGUGCCCACCAAACUGAGCCCCAUCUCCAUACUCUACAAGGAUGACAUGGGGGUGCCCACCCUCAAGUACCACUACGAGGGCAUGAGCGUGGCAGAGUGUGGGUGCAGGUAGUACCUGCCGGCGGGGCAGGGGAGGCCGGUGGGAGGGGUCCUGAGAGGUCCUUCUUCCCCCUGGGCACCACAGGGACUGAGUCGAUCUGCCUGCCAGCCUGGGGGAGGAAGCGCAGCCUGCAGGGUGCAGGUGGUACCUGCCCGCCCCAAGCAAUGCCCCCGGGCUCGACUGCUGGGAAGGCGAUGGCCAGGGUGUGGGGGUUUCCAGGAAAGCCUGGAAGUGUUGUUGGGGUGGAAGGGGAGGUGACAAAAAGGAGACAGGAAGGGAACUAAUUCAGAGUCCGCAGAAAACUGAGCAGAAGUGAGCCGGAGGAGCGUGGACGGCGGGUGAGGGGCGCAGGUUUCUGG